GAAGCAAUCUCGUUCCCUUCUCCGUGCUGGACUUGAGGCGUCGCUGAACAAAAUCCGCGACACGCGAAUUGCGACUAUUGCAAACGGUAAACCGGAAGUGAGCAGCCGCGAGUCGUCUAGGCACGUAACUAUAAGGGUGUGAGAAUGAAAGAGGUGGACUCUCCACUACCAGGCGUUGUUCCUCAACCGACACCCCCUCCCCCCAACCCCCUCCCAUAUGGUAGCCACAUGUAGGUUCUGGGCACCACCAGAGGGGGAAAAGUCAUCGCGGGGAUCCAGCUGAUGGUCGACGCGUUGGUCGGGCUUCUUCAGUUACUGUUGGACCGCACGCUGGUCUGGUCUACGCGUCGUGCUGGAUGAAUCCGGCUUCGAUAUCAAUUUUCCAGAAGAACGGAAGUUCAGGCUGCAGCGCAGCACGACGACCUUGACCCUUAUUAUUGGAUCGCGAGGUCGUGCGAGAACCAGCAGAAACUGAAGAUGAUACCGGAUGCAGAGGCUGUGUGUCAGACUUCCGAGGCUGCGGUCGACAGUGGCAGCGACGUAUACGAGAAGAUUAAGGACCGGCCGGAAAAGGAAGUGGCGUCGGAGACCGCCUGGAACCGAUACCAGCGAUUGGUAGCCGCGAUGGAGUCCCGGGGUGGUGAAUUCAACCGGAAGUCCGUGAUCGAGGCGAUCUUCCGUGGCAGCGAUCUCGUCUACGUCACUCAUUGAUCGGUGGAUCGAUCAGGCGCGAGUGAGAAUCUCUCGCGCGUUCCUGUACCAAAGUGCCAGCCAGUAUCAAAUCACUUUUGAGCAGUGGUGUAGAAUUCGCGAGUCGCAAUCUAAUACGCAAUUGAAUAUU